CGGCUUCUUAGACUCCUGGUCUAGCGGCGCACUCGCGCAUCCAUCAUAACGCGGUUUCGUUUGGAGAUCAUGAUUGAUCCGACAGCAUCGUGCAGGUGGCCCCUUUAAAAGACAUAGUACGCCCUCUGCAUCUGCUCGUCCUCACCAUCCUAGUACAGCACUGCUCAACCCACAAGAUGUCCCUCGUUAAGAUUCCCUUCCUCGUCGCUGGCGCAGUGGGUGGCUAUGUGGUCAUGACAGCGCCGAAUGCGAAGGUCCCUGUUGAGCAAAGGGCUAAGGGAGUCAGCGCGUUUGAACGUUUCUUCUCUGCGACAGCGAGACUCUACACGCUUGGCUUUAAGGCCUUGAUCUUGUCCGGUAGCAUCCUGGAGGUGCUCGUCAUCGGUGCUAGCCACUUCCCCGCGCACCCCCUGUCUCAGAAAAUCCUCGACGCCCUCGUUGUGGGCCCCUACUCCCUCACCCGCCGCAUUACCAUCAGCCCGCUGUUCGUCGCAGGUGCCGCCAUUGGCUACUUCGGCGCAUAUUUCCGCUGGCAGUGCUAUCGCACGCUGGGCCGCCUCUUCACCUUCGAGGUUUCCAUCAGAGAGGGUCACAAGCUCAUCACGGCGGGGCCCUACCAGUAUACUCGCCACCCUGCCUACACUGGAUCCAUCCUCAGCACAAUCGGCCUUGGGCUUAUGUACAUUGCGCCUGGGUCGUGGAUCCGCGAGUGCGGAAUCCUGGCGACGCGCGGAGGGAAGAUUGCGGCGUGGACAUACGUCGCGGCAUUCUUGUACGGGUCGGCGAGCUUAUUCCAGCGAGCACCUCAGGAGGAUGUGGUGUUGAAGAAGCAUUUCGGCGAGGAGUGGGAGGCGUAUGCAAAGCGGGUGCCGUACCGUAUCUUCCCCUUCAUCUACUAAUUGGCGAGGCCUUCUGCUAGUGUUACAAAUAAUACAGAUAAAUACGACAAGCGAUUUAUAUCA